CCAACGUGCGUUUAUUUAAUGACUAGAAUUGCUGUCCAUAUGGAGAUUGAAGGGACUGCUCAUUGCCCCGCACAAGUAAUGCUUGCCGCUGCCUUGGGAUGUGAAGAGUUGGGAAUUGCGAACAAAUUACUAGCCCAAAGUAUAUUUGGAUUAUGGCUAACUAGCGGACUUUUGGAUAUUCAGUUAAAAUCUCAUCAUCGGCCUUAUCUGGUAAGAAUAACAUGGCAGUCUCUACUGGAUAAAUUUAGCCAUGGUAAUCCAAUCGAAAAAAAGUUUGACGAACCUAUGAUUAUGCUUAAACGAAACGUUUUUUUUUCAAAACGUGAUGAGGAAAAAAUCAAGGAUCACCGCAUUUUAGAGUUAUUGUAUGAAGAAGCCAAAUAUAACGUGUUAUCUGGCCGAUACGUUAUGGAGCCAGUUCAUGCUUUAAUGCUUGGUGGCAUACAAGCACGAAUCGAGUUAGGUCCGUAUAACCCACAUACGCACACUGUUAGUUUUUUAAGGGAAAACCAAUUAAGAUUCCUACCACAUCAUGUUGCAAAAAGUACGAAUUGGUCAUGGCUGCCCGUUAGUCGAAAAAACUCAGCUGAAGUUAAAUUGCUUGAACAAUUCAAACGCGUUCCUCAGACAGCGACGACGAAAAAACUCAUACGCAAAUAUUUAGAAUUUUGUUGGGCACUUCCGUUUUAUGGAGCGGCAUUCUUUUAUGGCCAAGUAGAGCAGCCUGUUCGCGGUCUUAUGAGUUUGGUAAGCCAUAAGGAUGUUGAAGUACUUACAGCAGUCAAUGAGCGUGGGCUUUUUAUUAUCGAUCCUGUAGAAUGGAUGCAACAGAAGAUAAUGCAGGAGAAGAUUGUGGCGAUGAAAGCGAAAUCGCUGACCCUGUGCUUAACGGUGGAUGUAACAUACGAGCACACAACACUCAAUCUACUGGAACAAAUGUACUGAAUAAAUCUCCAGACAAGGAAGUUCAAA